AUGGACGAUACGUUUUUCUUCAUUUUUCUUUUCUUUUUCCUUCUUGUUUUUAUAUUCGUUUUGUUUUUCUCUUUCUUUUUUGAUUUUUCUUUCUCUCUUUUUGUUUUUUCUUUCUCUCUCUUUUUUGUAUUUUCUUUUCCCUCUCUUUUUUUGUAUUUUCUUUUCCCUCUCUUUUUUUGUAUUUUCUUUUCCCUCUUUUUUUUUGUAUUUUCUUUUCCCUCUCUUUUUUUUUAUUUUCUUUUCCCUCUCUUUUUUUUUGUAUUUUCUUUUCCUCUUUUUUUUUUUUGUAUUUUCUUUUCCCUCUCUUUUUUUGUAUUUUCUUUUCCCUCUUUUUUUUUUUAUUUUCUUUUCCCUCUCUUUUUUUUUUUGUAUUUUCUUUUCCCUCUUUUUUUUUUUUUGUAUUUUCUUUUCCCUCUUUUUUUUUUUUGUAUUUUCUUUUCCCUCUUUUUUUUUUUUUUUUUGUAUUUUCUUUUCCUUUUUUUUUUUUUUUGUAUUUUCUUUUCCCUUUUUUUUUUUUUGUAUUUUCUUUUCCCUCUUUUUUUUUUUUUUGUAUUUUCUUUUCCCUCUUUUUUUUUUAUUUUAUUUUCUUUUUUUUUUUUUUUUUUUCCCUUUUUUUUUUUUUUUCUUUUCCCUCUUUUUUUUUUUAUUUUCUUUUCCCUCUUUUUUUUUUGUAUUUUUCUUUUCCUCUUUUUUUUUUUGUAUUUCUUUUCUUUUUAG